AUGGCGCCGGCCAAGGCUGGGAUGACUCGCGAGGGCAUCCUCUAUGCCAUCAAUCAUCUCUUCCUGCCGCCGCAGCUGCCCCAAACGCACGACUACUCCCAGGCGCAUGUCCGCAGCCUCGUGGAAUUCCUCGCCCAAACAUUGCAAGACUUUGAGAAGAACUCAGAUGGCGCUCACCAAUCCAUCACGAAGGAAGCUGCACAUGUGGUGCUCACCUUCUCCAAGUUGCACGCCAUUGGCGACAGCCAGGUAUCCGUCCAGCCCGAGAUGCUUGCAACAAGUCUCCGAGAUCUUUGCACCAAAGGUGGCUUUAUGCUCCUUCAGAUCACUUCUCAGAACGCCGGCAUGCUCAUCACUCGUGUCGCCAACGAUAUCCACUUCGAGCUGUUCGAGCUCACUCCCUCCAAUGGAUCCAUCUACGAUACCAAAGGCAGACUCAUCCGAACGUUUCCCGGCCAGGCCAUCGCCGUUCCAGUCUCUUCUCUCCAAAAAGACGACGUCAUGGAGACCUUGGUCCUUGCGAUCAGCAAGAUGAGCGGCCAGAGCACGGCACUUUCGCAGCCGACGUCCAAGAAAGCGGGCGCAACGGUUGGAGAAAUCCGCCACUCCGUCAAUCCCUGCAUCGUGACCUAUUACCUCUCGUCCAUCUUGCUCGCCCUUGGUUCAUCUGUCAGGGUGCAGGCCAUCAAUAAGAAGAUGCGUGAGGAAAUCAUGUACAAGUCCUCCCUCAUUCCCUGGACGCGGUCACCAACGUGGCUGCUCCUUCGCGUGGGUUUCCACUUGACCAUGUCGAGGCUGGAGGCAAAGGUCGACUCGAGCGCCGCCAAGUUGAAAGCCCCAGCCUACAAGGAAUUCACGGCCUUCCUCAUGGCCGCACUGCUGCGAGAAGCCCUCAAGCAAGACAUCGAAUCCGACCUUCUUACCACCAUGACCGCAAAGGUCAGCCGUCGCCUGCGCAAACUCGGCGCCAACGCAAACAGCUGGCUUCAGGAGUACAGCAGCGAUGUAAUCAGGGAAACAAACCAUAUCCUGGAGGGCCGGUGGAAGGUAAUUUGCAAGAACGAUGCUCGCAAGCCGGACUACGCCUCCCUGCCAACCCUCGACUUUCACAAGGACGCCUUCGCCUCUCUGCCGGAUUUGGACAAGUACCUCGAGACGGUUACCCAGCUCAAUCUGCGAGAGCAAUCGGCCACUUUCUCGCCCAAGUAUACCCUGAAUCUGCUUGACUCGGAAAGGCUACCCCGUAUUUCUGCCGGCGCAAACAACUACCACGACUUCCAGCUGGCAGCUUUUGAGAGCUGGGUCGAGUCUUCCCUGGACCACUGGCUACAACGAAAUCUUUCGGAUCCGACCACCUGCGACAAACUCCACCGAUUGCUUUACGACUACCAUACAGCCGCUCAGAACCCGUACCAGAACAACCCGGAAGCCACCUCACUUAUGAUUCUGACCUGCCUCGAGUUGUGGAUCGCUUGUAACAAGUCGGCACUCGAGAUCUGCACCGUGCUCGGCGAGUACCAUGACGCAAGCGUUCAGCCCAGCUUGAUUCGUGCCCUGCUCCAGAGCCUCAUCCUCCCGCACAAGUCUCAGCUCGAGAGGCUCCAGCGGAUCGAGUCGUACCUCGACGUGUGCUCUAGUAAUUCGAAAGCUGCCAUGCCGUCCAUCUUCGACAGUUUCGGCAAGAAGAACGCUUUCUAUGUGAGGCACUUUCAAUCAUAUGAGGAGCAGCAGCGUUUGUAUGGUCAUAUAGAGCUGCAAGCCACCAAUACUAGACGGAAGAAGGAGGUCGAGCUGGCGAACUUGCGAAGCAAAUAUUCAAAUCUCAAAGCUCAGGCCGACAACAUGAGCUGCACCUUUCGCACCUUCAUCAAUCGCCGUGGCUACGAAAUCACAGCACAUGAUGACCGAAACUGCAGCAAGUGCAAACUCGUGGGAGAAUAUCAGUCGUUACAGAUCGGAGUGCACGAGUGGCCGCUCCCGAAAGACCCCUUGAAGGCACAAAAUGCCGUAUUCGAGCUCGCGCCCACAGAAUGGUUCCCAGCCUGGAGAGACGCCACAGCAUUCCUCCUCUUCAAAGUCCUGUCCCUGUCGUACCAGGUCGAGUCUAGGGCGCGGCAGAUGCAUGUGCUAUCUGAGUACGAGGGGCUCAGGCAUUUUUACUCAGGCCCAGCGAGCCAGAACAUCACCGCCAUCUCUCAGGCAAAGUCGUUCCUCAGCUCGCACUACAGGACAAUCAAGAUUGGCUCGAUCACGAGCGACUCCCAAGUCCUUGUCGACCACGCCCUUCACUAUGAAUACUUCAACACAUCUGCGCGCGUCUUCGGCGGUCCCGCCACGCUGACCGACACCAUUCCACGGCGCUGUAUGCUGAAGUUACCCGUCAAAGACUUGGCAAUGCAGCCUUUUCUUUAUCGCCCGGCAAACAAUUCCUGUGGCCCGACGCCCAACGUUGUCAUUGCCUCCCAACAUGAGUGCCCACAGCACAUGACACUCGCCGAGUUCAGGGAGCUUUGUGCCCUGCCCCUGGGCUUUAAGCUACAGUGGCAGAAUAUGCUCCGCCAGCUCCAUGCGCCUUCAGUCGACUUCAACCAGCUGUCCACGUUUGUCUUCCACGCUCAAUGCAUUACCCAGGCCGGGCCACCCUUCGCAGACAACGUCCUACGAGCAUCUCAUGCCAUCCUGAGUGACCCAGUCUUCUCAAGAACGCUGCUGGAUGGCGUGGUCACGGCCACCUCCCGAGUCGCAGAGUCGUGGCAGUCCGUUGAAGCUCUGCGGACAUUCAUCCUCAUUGCCACCCGCACUCUACAGCUGACCACAGAUCCCAUCACCGUUCCUCAGUGUGUGGAGUACUUGGCGUCUGCAAGGAAUACAGUUCUUGGCUGGGCCAUCUCGCUCAGGGACAAGGCUCGAGCGAGCACCGAUACGCGGAUCCGGAACAACUUCCGACACCGCGCCGCUCGAUGUGCUCUCAUCUGCUCGAUGUCCUUCGACAUGGAUCAAGGUCACAUUUCAUCUGCACUUCAAUCCUCGGUCGCUGCGUCUCAAUUCUUGCAGUGCUCCUUGAUCGCUCGCGAGGGCACCGACAGCGAGAGUGGCUCUGACUCCCAUGAUGGUCUUACUUGGCAAUGGAAGCGACUCAGUCACCGCGCCUUCCGAAUCCUCUCGGAUUGUAUCACGGGCGGUAGUCGCGCUCUUGACGAUGCCAUCAGCAGCUCCUGGUCUGGACACAGGGCACAGAAGAACUGGGCGCCUGUGUCGAGUCAAUACCCAGAGUGGCUCGUGGGCUCUGCAUGCGAGAUGGGUGCUCCCGUCGUGCGCUUCAAUCUGCUUACAGGAGAAUUGCUUGUCAACGGCCUCCCACUGAAUCGGCUCCCGUCAGACUACGAGAGCCACUCCACUUAUAGGACUCUGUUUGGCAGGUCGAUCGUCGAGGUCAUGCCAAAGGGUUCACACGGUUUCCCAUUCUCCACAAAUGUUCCGUUUGCCGGAUACGAUGUGGAAUUCGCCCUUAAUUCGGGCGAGCUAUACGUUCGAGCGACAAAGGGCGACCGCGUGCUCUACUAUGUACCCAGCAGGCUCCUGUCUGGCUCGUAUCCGGAGGCCUUCAUCAACGACUAUGUCCACUUUUACGACGAAACAACCCAGACUGUUAGCCUGCGUCCGCUGAAAAAGCCCUGGGACGUCCCGCGGCAGCCAUGGACCCUCUCGCAUGAAGCUGCCGGCGGACGAUGGCAGCUGUGCAAGGACAACAUGACCGUCAUCAGCCUUCGCACGCCGACCUCGAAGACUCUAGCCAACAUCCUGGGCACUCUCGAGAAGGAGGCGCGCAUCCACUGCGUCUUGUCUGCCAACCACCGGCGGCUCGACAUUGAGCUGCCCGUGCUUCGCUCUCGGUUCUCUCUGGAGGCAGGAGACACUGCUGUAUCCUGUAGGGACUUUCGGGGCAUGGUUGUCGAUGAGGAUCAGCAAAUCGGCACCCUGGUCGGCCUGUUCAACAAACUCGUGCUGAAGAGCACAUCUUCGUCGUCUGAUCGGAUUGUGCUGGUGCCAAACGGUACUCCACAAGUCAAACGAACGCCAGCUCACGUGUCGCUGCAAAUAACCGAGGGUCCAAGCACAUGCCUCUAUGCAUAUCGAGUCGACACACUUCUUGGACGUCUCGUGGAUGGCGGUGAUCUCCAGAGCAAGCUCUUUCUGUGUCUACUUCAUGCGUUGACGUCUUUUUGCAUGCCCGACCGCCUCACCUCGCGGACAGGCACGGAGGAGGCGCUACGCAUUCUGCAAUCCGCUGCUGUCCAGUCAGCCAAUGGCCUCAAGCAAAUGUCCAUCUCUUUACUUACAAUGAUUGCCGACUUAACUCCAAAGAGGGAAUUUUACCCCCAGCACCUGCGCGUGAUGCAGACCAUGUACUUUGACAACAAGAUUGGAAUGCUGGCACAGCACGAUGGCUUCGUCGAACAGGCCCAGGCGUUGCUCGACCAGGCGACCAACAACAAGUUUUUCCACGAAAGCCACCCGGAAACAGCGUCUGUGGAUCUGUACUCUGGCAUUGAUAGAGGCCUCCUGGCACGCCACAAGAUCCGAGUGGCCCAAUUCCGUGUUUCGACUUUCGGCGCCGAAGACCACGACACCGCGCACGAUCUCGUCUACAAGGCGCGGGACGUUGUCCAAGACUCUGCGAUCGCCACUGCAACAUACGCCGUGGCUGACACGCUCCACACCAUCCGGGUCAAUCCUCACGUUGCUGUUGUCAGCGAUCUGGUAAUGCAUAUCUGGAGAUUCCUGGAGAAACUGCCCGUCGCCAAUGGCUCCGCCGACCUCGACACCAGGGAGCUCGCUUAUGACGCAAAGUGGUUCAUGCCCUGGAGCACGGCCACCAAGCCAUUCAUCGUGAAGAAUUGGCUCAAAUUGCAUCGCCUUCUCAGCCAGCCCGCCACCAAGAAGAAGUGGCUCACCCUCACCACCUGGCUGGCCUCGCUUUCCUGUGCCGAGGAAGCAGACGAAACAAUCGUGCACGUCCUGACCACGUUCUCCACUUGCUCGAGCAGAAUGAGCCAGGUCACCCUGCCCACCUCGUCGACGCAGUUCGCCCUGAGCCGCGGUCGCGCAUUCAAGCGCGAAGACGUCCUCCAGACUGUGCGAGACCGCAAGCGCAGCUUUGAUCCGCUCAAAGACAUCAUUGAGACCCGCAGGGAGUAUGAGUCACUCCAGGACUUCCACAACCGCGGCCGCACCGCGUGGCAGACCCGCGCCGAGAAGGUGGCGCAGGAUCUAACCACGCACUUCGGCGAUCAGUGGCCGUGUGCUGUACCCGCGGCCCCAACCGGGACUGCUCUCGCGGACGCUGAGAAGUAUUUCCAAUGGGGACCAAGCGUCAUGUCCGAGGUUUCCGGCUUGUUCCGUUUGUGGUUUGAGAAUCUGAAGUUCUUUCAGUAUCUCCAGCAGAUUUGUGCGAUCGUGUCGCGGGACAAGUGCACCGUGGUCAAGCCUGUACGCCCAGCACUGAAGAUCUUGCCGACAUUGCCUCAUGGCAGCCGCGGAUAUGUGUCUCCUACCGACUUGUUUGAUCGGAGCACACCACCAAGGCUCACGCCAGCACCCUCGAGCUUGCCUGAGACGCUCAGCGUGUCGUCCAGGGCCAACAAUAGCGUUGUGACACUCGCCAGAUCUCGGUUGAGGAUCCUGACUGGAUCUCUUCAGGCGAUGGCUCAGUCGAAGUACGAGAACAGCUACAUUGCCAAUUUGGAGUCGAGCCUCGCUGCCCUUGAGCAAGGACAGUUCCUGCAGAAAGCGCUGGCGGCGGACUUUUUCAAGAUGCGGGGGAUCCUCGAAUCCCAUCUUGCUGCUUGCCAAAACCAUGUCGACUCCUUGUAUGAUAGGAUGACCCAGGCCAUGACCAACGAUGUCGCAGAUACUUAUCAGCUGCCGCGUCUUUCCCCAGUACUUCUCCUGGAGCGGCUGAACCGCAAGCACUGGGCAAGUCUUAGCGAAGACUGGAAGAAGAUUCUCAUCGAGUACGGAGUGGGCUUGACACGGUUGCAACGCGCUCAGAGAUUGCUCAGGGCCCGCGGAGCGGCAUUGGUCAAGGAGCUCCAGAAUGACGGCCAUGCCAACUGGGACCCGGCCGAGCACCCUGAAUGGCUCCUUCUCGAGAUUGAAGGUUCGAUCCUUAUCCGGGGAGUUCAGGUCGACAUUGCCACACACAUGCAGAGCCCCGCCCACGGCAAGAACGCGGUUAUGCAACUGAACAUGGGCGAGGGCAAGUCCUCAGUCAUUGUGCCCAUGCUGGUCACGUCUCUCGCCGAUGGCAACAACCUGAUGCGAGUGAUUGUGGCCAAGCCUCAGAGUAAGCAGAUGGUGCACAUGCUCGUCUCGAAGCUCGGCGGUCUUGUCGAUCGUCAGGUGUUCCACCUCCCCUUUUCUCGUGCAAUCAAGGUCGGCCAGCCCGAGAUCAACGCCAUCAAGGAGCUCCUGAGUCGCUGCCGUGACCAGGGCGGCGUGCUGCUCGUCCAGCCCGAGCACAUUCUGUCGUUCCAGCUGAUGGGCAUCGAGCACAAGAUCAGCCAGAAGCACAGGACUUCUGACCAGCUCUUGCAGCUCCACGACUUCAUGCGCCGGCACAGCCGCGAUGUGGUCGACGAGAGCGACGAGAACUUCAGUCCAAAAUUUGAGCUCGUCUACUCGCUCGGCCUGCAGCAGCCCAUUGACCACAGCCCGGAGCGCUGGACCUGCAUCCAGGAAGUGCUCGACGUGGUCCGCAAGUGUCUCCCCGCAAUCCAGCAGCAGUUCCCGCACGGCACUGAUAUUCGAUUUGGAUCGCUGGGCUGCUUCCCCCGCACGCGGCUGAUCGAGCCAAAGGCCGUGGACAAGCUGCUCGACAUCGUUGCUGAUGACGUAUGCCGGUACGGCCUCAUGGGCUUCCCCAUUGCCCAGGCAACUCAACAGCUUCGUCGCGCUGUCCGCGAAUACAUCAGGAAUCCAGAUGCGUCUGCCGAGACCAUCGCCUUGGUUGAGCGCGCUCCUCCCGUGGGCUUCUGGGCCGAGACAACCAAGAACACUCUACUGCUUCUCCGCGGGCUCAUUGCCAAUGGCAUCCUGGCGUUCGCAUUUGGGCACAAGCGGUGGAGGGUCGACUACGGCCUGGACAUCACGCGAUCACCACCCACCAGACUAGCCGUGCCUUACCGUGCAAAAGACCACCCGUCCGCCCGCUCCGAGUUCAGCCACCCGGAUGUUGUCAUUGUGCUCACAUCGCUGAGCUACUACUACCAGGGCCUCACCAACGAACAGCUGGGCAAUGCCCUCUCUCAUCUCGACCGGUCUGACCAGCGUGCUGACGAGUACGCGACGUGGGUCAAGGACGCGGACAACCUUCCGGGCGCCCUAGAGCAUCUCGGCGGUGUGAACCUCGAAGAUCCGGACCUCUGCUCCAACAGGCUGUUCCCGUGCUUCCGCCACUCCAAGGCGGCGGUCGACUAUUUUCUCGCCCACGUGGUCUUCACCAAGGAGAUGAAGGAGUUCCCCCACCGGUUGUCCGCCUCGGGCUGGGACAUUGGCGAGCAGAAGCCCCAUCCGACAACGGGCUUCAGCGGCACCAAUGACGCCCAGAUUGUGCUCCCGCUCAGCGUCACGCAGACUGCUCUGCCUGCUCAGGCUCACACCAACGCGCUAGUCCUACAGCAUCUCUUGCAGGCAGAGAACAACGUGAUGGCCAUUCAAUCCCUCCAACCUUCAACGUCUGAUCCCACGUCAUCCACGCCUGGCCACUCGCCGGCAAGUACCAGCGCUGAGCAGCUUCUUCAAAUGGUUGUCGGGAUGGAGCCCCCUGUGCGCGUGAUCCUCGAUGUCGGCACGCAGAUCAUCGAGCUGGACAACCUGGGCGUCGCCCAGCGGUGGCUGACGUUGCUUGCUAAUGACAGCGGCACCGAAGCAGCCGUGUUUGUCGACAAACAGGACAACAUCUGCGUCGUCGACCGCAAGGGCCGCGUCGAGCCUCUGCACACGUCGCCCUACUGCACCCAGCUCAGCCUGUGUGUCGUGUUCCUCGACGACGCCCACACCCGUGGCACGGAUCUCAAGCUACCAGAGGACUACCGCGCAGCAGUCACGCUGGGUGCGAAUUUGGUCAAGGACAGAUUGGUUCAGGCCUGCAUGCGUAUGCGAGAACUGGGCAGAGACCAGUCCGUCGUCUUCUGCGUGCCAGAGGAAAUCCACCGCAAGAUCAACCGGCUCAUGGGCCGCACCAACCCCGUGCAACAAGUAUCCGUCGCCGACGUCCUGGCCUGGUCUAUUUCCGAGACAUGGCACGACGCCCGGCGCAACACGGCACUAUGGGCGAACCAGGGCAGGCGGCACGAGAGCCACAGCCUCCUGUGGGCACAAGCACGCGGCGAAGGCGCAACUGGUCCUGUCCUUCAUCGCCAGCAGUCGCGAGACCUGGACUUCCCAGACGAACUGGCCAAGGGAUUCCUCGAGGACGAGGCGCAGCUGCUCGAAACCCGAUACCGCCCAACCUCGCAGCAAGAUACUGCUACUUGUAGCCAAAUUGCCCUCAGCAAGACAGAGCGCCUCAUCUCCCAGCGCUGCCAGGACCUCGAUACGAUGGGGCCUUCGUCUGCGAUCCUCCAGGAGGAACAGGAGCGCGAGCUGGCACCCGAGGUCGAGGAGGAGAGACAGCUCGAGCGGCCGGACAAGGCGGAACCCUUGAAGCACGCGGUCCACCCACACGUCGAAGCCUUUGUCAAGACCGGCAGCUUCCCCGCCAACAGCGCGGCGACAUUCAUCCCCGUCUACGACUCCCUCGCUGACUCCUCGGCGGCCAAGUACAUCGCGAAGCUGCGCCGCAGUGGCCGCACAGGGCGAGUACACUGCACGCGGGACUUCCAGGCCACGAUCAAGCCGCCGGCCGUGGGCUACGUGUCGGACUCGUACCAGCGGCCUGUGCAGUGGAUAUUGACGAGCAGCAGUGCCUCCGCCUCCUCCUCGCGCGCGCUGAAGCACAUGGUCAUCAUCAGCCCGUACGAGGCGCAAAGCCUCAUGGAUACGAUCAAGCAGUCCCGCGCGGUCACGCUGCACCUGUACGCGCCGCUGCUCAACGAAGGGUUCCGCAGCCUGGACAGGCUCGAUCUGUACACCGUCCCGUCGCCCACCCCCUCCUUGAUCUCCGCGUCCCCGUCAUCGUCGGCGCUACUCGCCCCGGGUUCUGCUACUCCUCCUCUGCCUCAUCAUGCUCCACCGCUGGAUGUGGAUGUUCCCGCGGAUGUGGUUCUCGAGUUGGACCUGUUUGCCGGGCAGCUGUACUUCAAGACGUUUGCCGAGUUCGAGGCGCUCCGGGAGUAUCUCCUUGCUCGACCGCCUCUGGCGUGUCCGUCUGUUGGCAGUGAUGGUGGUGGUGUUGAUGGCCAGGCUAUCGUGGCCAACGGCGAGCCGGUGGCGGUGGCGCGCGUGCUGGAUGAGCACCUGGUGGGCCUGCUCAAUGUCGUCAUGAUGAAGAUGCGGCGCAACUGUGAGACGAUUGACAAGACGCAUACAGGCAAGGCUCUGGAUUGCAGGCUGAUUGCGAAGGAUGAGUUUCAGGAGUAA